UCUGUGGCUGGCUAAGCACUUCUUCGAUAAAUGCCUCGAGUUCGGGAAGAAGAUCGAUGACGACGGGAAGAUGCGGGAGAGCGAGGCGCAUUGCAACGUGGGCAUCAUGAAUUUCUUUGAUGGCAACAUCGACCUGGCGCUGACGCACCUGGAGAAGUUCCGUCGGCUCUCCUACAAGCAGGUGUGGGAGACGAUCGACAACUACUCCUACUAUCGCUACUCGUGCCUGCUGCUGCAGGACGUCUACCUCAGCCAGGCCGUGGCCGCCGAGAAGGAGGACCUGGAGAAGGCUUUCAAACUGUACCUGCGCGCCUCGGUCAUGGCCAACCAAGGUCAGUGGCGAGUUGCUGCCACGGACAGCUGCUCGGCCUGGGCCCUGACGCCCAGAACAUGCAGGCUGAUGGCGAUGGCGCAAUACAACCUGGGUGAGAUCCAGGAGAAGAUGUGCAACUGGCAGAACGCACUGCGCCGCUACGACGCCUACCUGCGCCUCUCCGACAAGCUUCUCAACUUCAAGGGCGUGUGCACGGGCUGCUUCAAGGUCGCCAAGUGCCACGAGGCAGGAGCGAGCCAUAUCGCGCGCGGGCAGCACCUGGACGAGGAGAUUAUCCGGGCCAGCUCCGAGCUUGGUCACAUCUACCUCUCCAUGGGCAAGAACGACCUGGCGUUCCGGCAGUUCAUGCAGGCCUACCAGUACGUGGAGCUCUCGGAGAACGUCAUCAACGACCACAGCUACGUGGCCAGCGCCAUGGUGGGCAUCUCCAGCGCCAGCAGGCUGCUGGCCGACUUCAACGAGCUCGUGUACGUGUGGGGCGACGAGGAGUUGGAGCGGGUGCUCGCCUGGAAGACGGCCCGGGAGGGCAUGCACGUGGAGGAGCGCGCCGGGUCGAAGUGGAUUUAGCAUCGGCCUGCGCUGCCGGUGGUGCUGCGAUGUCUUCAGCCGCCAGCUUCAGCUUCAGCUUCAGCAGCUGUGUGUCGUGCCGUCGCUAGUUUCGAAGGCGAGAGGAGAGGAGGGGAUGCAGCCCGCGAUGCUGCGGAAGCUCCGCGGGGCGUGCAGCUGUCCGGUGGCCCAGGGCGGCCUGUUGUGGUGAUGGCGACGCGACGCAAAAGUGUUUCAGUGACCGCGGAAGUCCAACCGACGGGGGACAAAGAGCUUGCUUCAGUGUCUGGAUGCUGGUUGUGAGAUUGGGAUUGGCAAAUCCGUUGUUGAAAAAUGCUCAUUAUAUUUAGCAUGCAUAUGUUGUGUGCUUGAUAUGUGUCAGCCCAACCAUUUAUUUAAGGGCAAUGCGAAUCGAAAGCAUAUCACGAUAUCGAAGUAGACGUAUUUGCCAAAUGGCACGUGUGUAGAGCAAAUUUGCAUGUGUACCUACUUGUGUGUUCUAGUUGGGGUCAUUGUUUUCACCCCUCUAGCCAACAUAAAUCAACAUUUAUCUAUAUUAUGUGGCUGUGCCAACCGGUCGUUCCUGUUUAUGAAUGUGUUGCAAUA